AUGAAGGCUUACCGCGGCUUCCCCCGGCACAGUUCUCCGAGGGAGCGCACAAUCAAAGCAGAGGACGAUGAAUAUGAUAGCUACGAGUCAGAUUCCGAUUUCGGAGACGACGACGACGGCCGCGAAGUCCUGAAGAAGUCAACGCAUCACCUAGGCCUGGCCAAGGAUUACGCUCCGCAAUGGCAGCCGAGGGAUGCCUUCAGGGAAUUUUAUCAAAACUGGAAGGAUGGCUUGGUGGAGUCAUUCAAAAUUGACCCUCGUUCUAUCAGACCAGUUUUUGUGAGAGAUGAUGACAAGGAGAUCCACAUCACCGUCUCUGCCGACGACACUGCCGGCGAGACGUCCAGCGAAGCCUCAGGCAAAAGUCGCUUGCUUGGUUAUAUCCGCUUCCAGAGCAAACAGGGCACUUUGGAGUUGACCAAUUUCAAUGCCAAGCUGGAGCGAAAACAUCUCGACCUCGGGGAGACGAGUAAGCGAAAUAACAAUGCACUCGCUGGAGGCCACGGUGAAGGUUUCAAGCUGGCCGCACUUGCGAUGCGACGAAAUGGACACUCUGUCAAAUUUGAGACGAACUCCUUCUGCUGGAGCUUCAGCUUUCGAGGGACUCGCCCGCGGCUUGUUUGUCUUUUGGACAAUCCUCCACCCAAAUUGAUGCGGGAACAGGAGGCUGAAUUCUCGAGACAGUGGUCCUCACGUGAUUUUCAACGACGACCCACUCCUUACAUCUGGGAAGACAUGACAGUCAAAAUCGGGAAAUCCAGAGACAGGCAAGGAGCCCAGAAGGUCUCGGGGCAAGACUUCCGGGCGUGGAUAAGGGUCUCCCUCGACCUGGAUCCCCCUCAAUCAACUGAAAUUGUCCAUACAAACACGGGAGAUCUCAUAUUCGAUCCUCGGUAUCGAGGUCGAAUUUAUCUCCAUGGCCUCCUCAUCCCUGAGUCAGCAGGGUAUUCGCAAGGUGGGAAAGGCUACCGGUUCGGCUACAACUUCUAUCACGGCCAAAUAAAUCGCGAUAGACAGCGAAUGGCAGACACACGUGAAGAGGCUAGGACCUUGGCCAGCAUCUGGAACCAAGCUAUUCUACUGAAGGGAGAUUCUGUCAUCGAUGCUUAUAUCAAACUGUUAACCGAAGACGAAGAAGCAGCCGAUAUUGCGCAAGCCUACAAACAUGCAUCUCGGUUGACAGCUCAGCAUGUCUGCAGGCGGCUCAAGGACUCCCACCCAGAAGCUUUCUUCUACUCGCACAGAGAUGCAUCGGAACAGAGCACCACCACGGAUGAGGAAAUCAUCUUGAAAGAACUCAAGAAACGGCCCAGGAAGCUCGAGAAGAACCUAUGGUGGAUCAUCAGACAAGAACCACCCUUAAUGCGCUCGCCCAUUGAAGAAAGAAAUCACUUGUUCCAGACCUCUCAACCGGUGCAACCAGGCAACGAUGUAUUUAGCCUUAGUAUUAUUCGAGGUUUGACGGGCUCGUUCGCGCUGGACCCAAGGCUGAGCAAGGUGAGAAUCGAGUUCGUGGACGGAGCUGACACGGCAAUUGAUGUCCUCUACAAGAGAGACCGAGAUCUGCUCCAGGUACACGCAAAGUGGCUCGAUGUUGCACAGGUACACCAAGUUUCCAGCUGCGAAUUCUUCAAAGUCGCUGGAGAACAGAUGACCAACGAAAAUGCCUUCUUGUGCGAUCACGUCAUACACGACCUGCUUGAGGUUGCUUUCGAUGAAGUCCGCGGACCGCUCGAUCUGGCGCCGGCAACCGCAGCUUGUCUUCGAAGAAACGCAGUCGAAUAUCUCCGAAAGAUGCCACGGGCUAUCGAGAUGAGAGUCCUGGAUGCCGGCAAGAAGUUAAAGGUGAAAUGGGCAGGUAAUGAAAGUGGUGCCUUCACGGUAAGAUAUGGGGCAAAUAUCCACUACUGGGUCACCCUCCAUGAAGAGAGAUUAUGCGGGCGAAGAAAGACACAGAUCUUGAAUGCAGCCGACACGCACCCAGACCAAGCAGAGGACCUCUGCAAUUGCCCCACUCAAACAGUCUCUCAAGCUCACUCAGAGGUCGUCUUUGAUGGACUAGAUCCCAGUGAGCAAUACUUUCCAAUGGUGUCAAGAGCCGAAACCCCGGCAUUUUAUGGACUGCCACCGUCUCCAUCAGAUUACCUUUCAGAAUCGGACCAAGAGUCCAGCUUCAGUCCCGACCCGCUGGAAGAGGAGAGUGACUGGAGUGAGGAUUCACAAGUCCAAGUACGUGGUUCAAAAGUUGGUGCUCGCUCGAAAGUUGUUGCAUUGGACAGUGACUCCAGUGAGGAUUCACAAGUCCAAGUACGUAGUCCCAAAGCUCGUGCUCGCUCGAACGUUUUUGCAUUGAAGCGAACGAGAUUGCAGAAAGACGAGCAAGAUUGGUUGGAGUGGCAUCAGCAAUAUCGUCAAAGCACACACUCUCGAGACUCUCCCCCACUUUACCGGACUUUCUGGGUGCACGCGUUCGCUAUUCCUGCACUUUACGCUGAAGACCUGGACCUUACUUUGGAAAGAGACUACUAUUAUCGAGUCCUGUUGGAGGGAGAAGAAACCGAACAGGUCAUCUUUGUUCACAAGAUCGUCCAAAACAGCAUCCAACCAGGAGAUGGCUAUUCCUUGUUCGUCACCAGGUACUCUGCUCUGAGCUCCGUCUUCCCAACUGAGAAGCCACGCACUACUGGAGACCGAGCGUUCAACGACCAAGAAGUGAUCUUGCACUUCUACGAUUUUGACAAGAUGCGAACGCCACAAGAUGCAGAGACAAUACUUCUUGACAAUAUCCUGUCCGCACGCCGGGUCGGGACCGGUAGAAACAGUAUCAGCCAUGUUGUCCAGCCUUGUCCAGACGUUGACUCUGAGAAGCUCUUCUGCCGUUUCGGCAUCUCCAAUGCAGGUGGAAAGGGAGGUGUUACUGAAAUAACGCCUUUGGCGUCUCAUCUCUUACUGCAUCAUGCCGAUCAUUGGGAGCGACGCGGCUUUCGCAGUCAGGCGGCGGCUGUAGCGUAUGAUCUGACCCCUUCUGUGUUGGGCGUUGCGGAGGGAUUUGCAGGGAGGGGUUUCAUGAUUCAGGCUGCGUUUGGGCUGGACGAAUCGAAGCAUCAUACGUGGAUGAAUCGUCACCUCGCUGCUCAAUACUUUGACGGUGCGAUUCCUGAAGUUUUCGAGGACUUCGCCUCAGGAAAGCUCCUGCCGAUCCAGCUCCCAGACCCAGCAACCCCCAAAAUACACCUUUUCGCGGGCGAACAUGCAUGUUUCCGAUUGAGCACGCAGAACCGUCAGAUGCCGACGUUGCACGAGUUUCUGAAACCGCUCGACGCCGUCGACAAGGCCGUUGAGGCGUUGAACCCUGAUUUCGUCGUCAUGCUACUACCUCCAGCCGUUCGUCAUCCACAAGCAAGCUCAAGAUUCUCCAAAACGCUUCUCAAACUUCUAGAAGCGGGGUUUUCGGUUCAUUCAACGCUGAUAUCACUGAGGGAUUACGGACUCCCGCAAGAACGGAGUAUUCUGGCAAUCAUUGCAUCGCCUUUUGGCGUGCCUUUGCCCUGGAAGUUCGAACACUAUGUCACUGGAGCUCAGGUUCCCACUACAAUUGGUAGCUUGAUUGGAGACUUGGCUUUUGAGAAUCCUCGCAUGGGGACUCAAUCGAACACUGGGUUUGUGUGCUUGCCUCCCACUCUUCACGGGCCCGAAGCGGAAAUGUCCACACUUGGUCAUGUUUACAAUCACUACACGGGAAUUCCUGUUGCAUCCGACGCCCAAUCUGUCUCGAUGGAUGGGAACACCCCUUUCACCUUCUUCAAUGGUCAGAAAGAGUGGAUUCAUCCAGUUCGAAAAGACAGAGUCACCGUCCGCGAACUAGCCCGGAUGCAAGGUAUCCCAGAUGAAUUGCGCUUCUUCGGGUCGAGGGAAGAGCAGUACGACACUGUUUGCAAGGCCAUCCCUCCCAUUAUCACCAAAAUGAUCGCGCAUACAAUACGUGAGGCAAUUGAAAAUUCUCGGGUCGUCGUUGUGAGGGCUGCGGAGGGACACUCCAGAAGAAGUAAGAGAGCAAGAGUAGAGGAAGACGAAGAAGACCAAGGAGGAAACUGA